GCGUCAGCUGGGGUAAACUACCUGCUCUCCAGGACACCUACACCACCCGAUGUCACAGGAAGGCCAAAAAGAUCAUCAAGGACAAUAACCACCCAUCACUAAACAGCUAUUAUUAUUUUUAUUCCUGGUAGAUGCCAAUGCUGUAGAGAUACGCUUAGCGGACUGAAACUUCACUGUUGUAGGCAUAAUCAAAUCAAAUUGUAUUGGUCACAUACACAUAUUUAGCAUAUUUGCAGGUGUAGCGAAAUGCUUAUGUUCCUAGCUCCAACAGUGCAGUAAUAUCUCACAAUUCACAACCAUACCUAAUUGUGAAGUAAACUUAACUACGGAGUAAUAUAGAAGGGAAACUUAACUUGAAAACGUACAGGAUACCUCUUUCCGGUUUCCCUGACUUCCGUUUUUUUUCUAUGCUGUGUUUGUUCGCGUAGCACUCCUUACAGGCCGUUUGGUGUACGUUUUUUUGUUUUGUAAAAUGAAAUCUCCAACUGUGAAAGAUAUUUCGCUCCAUAGUAUGACAGGUUUGAAUGGACAGAGGUUUGAAGAAUGUCAUCAUUAACGACGACUCUCUUAUAAUCGCAAAUUUACGGCGUCACUGAUGUUCUUCUACCCACUAUUGCCCAUAUUUUGGGCUGUUUCUGCAAAGGCAGAUUUCUUUCAAUUUGACAGUAUUUCUAAUGUAUCUACGUACUAUUUCAAUUAUAUUUAUUGUAAUAUAUGGGAAGGGGAGUGUCAACAGAAUCAAGAUGAUGCGACUCAGCAAGUACCUAUUAGGGACAUAUGGGCAGCAUUCCCUCAAGACUAUAUCAGUUUGCUGUCACAGUGGUAUUGCAGCCUGGGACAGUGCUGUGAAUCAGGGGAUUGUCGGAUAACAAAUAAUAUUACAGGUCUGGCUAGUGAUCUACAGCUAAAGCUUCAUGGGCAGCACCUUGCCCAAUCAGUGGUUCUGAAGGCUGUGCAGGGCUUCAUCAGUAACCCUGAAUCCAAUAAGCCAUUGACCCUCUCCUUCCAUGGCUGCUCCGGCACGGGCAAGAACUUUGUGACCCGGAUUGUAGCUGACAACUUGUACCGGGACGGGGUGAAGAGCGAGUGUGUGCGUCUGUUCAUCGCUCCAUUCCAUUUCCCCCAUGCCAGACUAGUGGACACGUACAAGGGCCAGCUCAGAGAAGCUAUCCGGGACAUGGUGCUGCGUUGCCCACAGACACUUUUCAUCUUUGAUGAGGCUGAGAAACUGCACCCCGGCCUUAUAGAUGCUAUCAAGCCCUAUAUGGACCAUUAUGACAAUGUGGAUGGGGUCAGCUAUAGGAGGGCUGUCUUCUUAUUCCUCAGUAAUAUAGGUGGGACCACCGUCAACGAUGUGGCUUUGGACUUCUGGCACUCAGGGCAAAACAGAGAGGACAUUGGGAUGGAGGACUUGGAACACCGGCUACGUGCUGAAGCUAUGGAUUCUCAAGGAGGCUUUGCACAGAGUGAACUGAUGUCAGGUCACCUUAUUGACUUCUUUGUGCCCUUCCUACCUCUGGAGUACCGUCAUGUCAAGCUCUGUGCCCGUGAUGCCUAUGCAGCGCGGGGUCUGGAGCCAGACGAGGGAACGCUGGACGAAGUGGCGAAGGCCAUGCUAUAUACACCCAAGGAGGAGAGGCUGUUCUCUGCCCAAGGCUGCAAAUCCAUAACACAGAGGAUCAAUUUCUUCCUACCCUAAACAGACCAAUGCAACCCAGGAAACGCAUGAACAGUGUUUUGGCAAAAAGGAAAAGGUAUGUCCUGCUGACAUAUUGAACAUUUCUGCAAUGGCACAUGUCAAUCGAACAUGUGGUAUGCCCACUCUUCACCCUACACUGCCAAGAAAGGAAGCAUAGAGCAUCUGGCUAUAGUAAGAUUCAUUCUGAUAACGAAGAGAUUUUAGAUUGCAUUUUCAACUUCCUCAUUAGACAAUUUUUAUGCAAUUAUUUUACGUGAAGCUCAGGUCAACUCUAGUAUUAUUAUUUGCAUGUACAGUACCAGUCAAAUGUUUGGACACCUACUCAUUCAAGGGUUUUUCUUUAUUUGUACUUUUUUCUACAUAAUAGAAUACAUAUAAUAUAUGUAGAAUAAUAGUGAAGACAUCAAAAUUAUGAAAUAACAUAUGGAAUCAUGUAGUAAGCCAAAGUGUUAAAAAUCUAAUUAUAUUUGAUUCUUCAAAGUAGCCACCCUUUGCCUUGAUGACAGCUUUGCACACUCUUGCAAUUCUCUCAACCAGCUUCAUGAGGUAGUCACCUGGAAUGCAUUUUAAUUAACAGGUGUGCCUUGUUAAGUUAAUUUGUGGAAUUUUUUCCCUUAAUGCGUUUGAGCCAACCAGUUGUGUUGUGACAUGGUAGGGGUGGUAUACAGAAGAUGUCCUUUUUUGGUAAUAGACCAAGUCCAUAUUAUGGCAAGAACAGAUCAAAUAAGAAAAGAGGAAUGACAGUCCAUCAUUACUUUAAGACAUGAAGGUCAGUCAAUCUGGAAAAUUUCAAGAACUUUGAACGUUUAUUCAAGUGCAGUUUCAAAAACCAUUAGGUGUUAUGAUGAAAUUGGCUCUCAUGAGGACUGCCACAGGAAAGGAAGGCCCAGAGCUACCUCUGUUGAAGAGGAUAAGUUCAUUAGCGCUAUCAAGAUGGCGCCGACAGAGGGUUAUCUCACCUCUAGUCCCUAGGAAACAAUACAGUAUUUCUGGGGGGUUUUUCCCGUUUUUUUUUUUUUUUACGUUGUUAGGCCAGAAAAUCUUUAGUGUUACAUACAGCCAGGAAGAAAUAGAGGAUAUCAGAGCGACGGCAACUUCCCAACAUUACGUCCAGGAAUAUGACUUUCUCGAAGCGGAUCCUUUGUUUGCACUGCAACCCAGGGCGUUGGAUCUCAUUCCAGAGGCCGACCUAAAGCAACGUCUCCGCAGAAGAGGUAGACGGAGCAGCCUCCUGGUCAGACUUUGUAGGCUUGCACACCACCCACCGCUUCCGAUUAUAUUACUCGCCAAUGUCCAGUCUCUAGAUAACAAGGAAGAUGAAAUUUGGCAAGGGUUGCUUUCCAGAGAGACAUCAGGGAUUGUAGCGGUCUGUUUCACGGAAACAUGGCUCUCUCGGGAUAUGUUGUCGGAGUCGGUACAGCCACCAGGAUUCUUUAGGAGUCGCGGCAAUAGAAAUAAACAUCUCUUUGAAGAAGGGCAGGGGUGUGUGCUUCAUGAUUAAUGACUCGUAGUAUAAUCGUAACAACAUACAGGAACUCAAGUCCUUUUGUUUACUUAACCUAGAAUUCCUCACAAUCAAUUGCCGACCAUAUUAUAUCCCAACAGAAUUCUUGUCCAUUAUUGUCACAGCUGUGUAUAUCACCGCUCAACCCGAUAUCACGACGGCCCUCAAGGAACUUCACUGGACUCUAUGCAAACUGGAAACCAUAUCUUGAGGCUGCAUUUAUUGUAGCUGGGGAUAACAAAGCAAAUUUGAGAACAAGGCUACCUAAAUUCUAUUAGCAUAUUGAUUGUAGCACUCGUGCCGUCAAUACACUGGAUCACUGCUUCUCCAACUUCCACGAUGCAUACAAGGCCCUCCCCCACCCCCCCCUUUGGCAAAUCUGACCACAACUCAAUUUUUCUCCUCCCGUCCUAUAGGCAGAAACUCAAACAGGAUGUACCCGUGACUAGAACUAUUCAACGCUGGUCUGACCAAUUGGAAUCCAUGCUUCAAGAUUGUUUUGAUCACACCGACUAGGAAAUGUUCCGGGCAGCCUCGGGAGAAUAAUAUUGAUUUAUACGCUGAUUCGGUGAGUGAGUUUAUAAGGAAGUGCAUUGGAGAUGUUGUACCCACUGUGACUAUUAAAACCUACCCUAACCAGAAACUGUGGAUAGAUGGUGGCAAACCACCGCAUUUAACCAUAGAAAGAUGACUGGGAAUAUGGCCAAAUACAAACAGUGUAGUUAUUCCCUCUGCAAGGCAAUCAAACGAGCAAAAUGUCGUUAUAGGGACAAAGUGGAGUUGCAAUUCAACGGCUCAUACGUGAGACGUGUGUGGCAGGGUAUACAGACAAUCACGGACUACAAAAUGAAAACCUGCCACAUCACGGACACCUACGUCUUGCUUCCAGACAAACUAAACGCUUUUACCUGCUUUGAGGAUAAUAAUAGUGCCAACGAUGCAGCCCGCUACCAAGGACUGUGUGCCCCCCCUCUCCUUCUCGGUGGCCGAUGUAAGACAUUUAAACGUGUUAACCCUCGCAAGGCUGCCGGCCCAGACGGCAUCCCUAGCCGUGUCCUCAGAGCAUGGUGCAGACCAACUGGCUGGUGUGUUUACGGACAUUCAAUCUCUCCCUAUCCCAGUCUGCUGUCCCCACAUGCUUCAAGAUGGCCACCAUUGUUCCUGUACCCAAGAAGGCUAAGGUAACACAACUAAAUUUCUAUCUCCCCGUAGCACUCAAUUCUGUCAUCAUGAAGUGCUUUGAGAGAUGAGCCAAGGAUCAUAUCACCUCCACCUUACCUGCCACCCAGGACCCACUUUAAUUUGCUUACUGCCCCAAUAGGUCCACAGAUGAUGCAAUUGCCAUCACACUGCCCUAUCCCAUCUGGACUAGAGGAAUACCUAUGUAAGAAUGUUGUUCAUUGACGACAGCUCAGCAUUCAACAACAUAGUACCCUCCAAGCUCAUCGUUAAGCUUGAGGCCCUGGGUCUCAACCCCGCCCUGUGCAAUUGGGUCCUGGACUUCCUGACGGGCCGCCCCCAGGUGGUGAAGGCAGGAAACAACAUCUGCACUUUGCUCUUCCUCAACACUGGGGCCCCCCAAGGGUGCAUGUUCAGCCCCCUCCUGUACUCCCUGUUCACCCAUGCCUGCGUGGCCAUGCACGCUUCCAACUCAAUCAUCAAGUUUUCAGACGACACAACAGUAGUGGGUUUGAUUGCCGACAACAGGGAGGACGUGAGGGCACUCAGAGUGUGGUGUCCGUAAAGCAACCUCUCACUCAACGUCAACAAAACAAAGUUAAUGUUCGUAGACUUCAGUAACUAGCAGUGGGUGCAUCCCCUUACCCACAUCGACGAGACAGCAGUGGAGACGGUGCGUUCCUUUGCGUACACAUUACGGACAAACUGAAAUGGUCCACCCACACACACAGUGUGGCGAAGACAGCACAUAUUCAACCUCAGGAGGCUAAAGAAAUUUGGUUUGUCACCUAUAACCCUCACAAACUUUUACAGAUGCACAAUUGAGAGCAUCCUGUCUGGCUAUAUCACUGCCUGGUAUGGAAACUGCACCACCCACAACUGCAGGGGUCUCCAGAGUGGUGCGGUCUGCCCAAUGCAUCACCAGGGGCAAACUACCUGCCCUCCAACUACAGCACCUGAUGUCACAGGAGGGCCAAAAAGACCAUCGAGGAGAACAACCAUCUGGGCCAAUGCCUGUUCACCCCGCUACCAUCCAGAAGGUGAGGUCAGUACAGGUGCAUCAAAGUUGUGACCGAGAGACUGAAAAACAGCUUCUAUCUCAGGGCCAUCAGACUGUUACACAGCCAUCACUAACACAGAGAGGCUGCUGCCUACAUACAGACUUGAAAUCCCUGGCCACAUUAAUAAAUGGAUCACUAGUCACUUUAAUAAUGGCACUUCAAUAAUGUUUACAUAUCUUGCAUUACUCAUCUCAUAUGUAUAUACUGGAAUUUAUACCAUCUACUGCAUCUACUGCAUAUUUAUUCUUAUUCCAUCCCUUUACUUAGAUUUGUGUGUAUUAGGUAGUUGUGGUGGAAUUGUUAGUUUACUUGUUAUAUAUAUUACUGCACUGUCGGAACUAGAAACACAAGCAUUUCACUACACUUGCAAAAACAUCUGCUAACCAUGUGUAUGUGACCAAUAAAACUUUAUUUGAUUUAGAGUUAACUGCACCUCAGAUUGCAGCACAAAUAAAUGCUUUACAGAGUUCAAGUAACAGACAUCUCAACAUCAACUGUUAAAAGGCGACUGCGUGAAUCAGACCUUCAUGGUUGAAUUGCUGCAGAGACACCACCUCUAAAGGACACCUUGGCUUGGGCCAAGAAACACGAGCAAUGUACAUUAGACUGGUGGCAAUCUGUCCUUUGGGCUGAUAAGUCCAAAUUUGUGUCUUUGUGAGAUGCAGAGUAGGUGAACGGAGGAUCUCCUCGUGUGGUUCCCACCGUGAAGCAUGGAGGAGGAGGUGUGAUGGUGACACUCAGUAAUUUAUUUAGAAUUCAAGGCACACUUAACCAGCAUGGCUCCCACAGCCUUCUGCAGCGAAAUGCCAUCCCAUCUGGUUUGCGCUUAGUGGGACCAUCAUUUGUUUUUCAACAGGACAAUGACCCAACACCUCCAGGCUGUGUAAGGGCUAUUUGACCAAGAAGGAGAGUGAUGGAGUGAUCUCGUGUUGUUCCCACCGUGAAGCAUGGAGGAGGAGGUGUGAGGAUGCUUUGAUCUCCACAAUCACCCAACCUCAACCCAAAUGAGAUGGUUUGGGAUGAGUUGGACCGCAGACUGAAGGAAAAGCAGCCAACAAGUGCUCAGCAUAUGUGGGAACUCCUUCAAGAGUGUUGGAUAAUCUUUCCAGGUGUAGCUGGUUGAGAGAAUUCAAGAGUGUGCAAAUCUGUUGGCUACUUUGAAGAAUCUCAAAUAUAAAAUAUAUUUUUAUUUGUUUAACACUUUUUUUGGUUACUACAUGAUUCCGUAUGUGUUAUUUCAUAGUUUUGAUGUCUUCCCUAUUAUUCUUCAAUGUAGGAAAUAGUAAAAAUAAAGAAACUCCUGAAUUAGUCAGUGUGUCAACUUUUAAGUGGUACUGUAUAUCCUUUUGUUUUGUUGGCACUGAUGAUAUAUUACAACUAUCUGCUUAAGCAGUGGUAGGCACGUUCAAUUCAAAGGAAGAAAUACUGUAAAUUGCAGCAAACUAGACUAAAUAUAAUUCAAUUAACUUUUGAAGGGCAUGUUAAUGAUUAUUCUAGAAUUAUUCUAGUAUAUAGAUUACUUGUUUUACAGGUUGAUUAAAUAUUCACAGGUUAAGUGUGACAUCACUUUAAAUCAUUUAUAACCUGCUGAAUAAUUACAAUUCAGGUUUGAAGAAAGUAGUAUUGAUGUGCAAUUGUACAGGCAACUGCUUAUUGUUGAAAUGGUUACUGAACUACAGUGCAUUCGGAAAUUAUUCGGACCCCUUGAAUUUUUGCCCAAAUUUUUAACGUUACAGCCUUAUUCUAAAAUGUAUUAAAUAGCUUUUUUCCUCAUCAAUUUACACACAAUACCCCAUAAUGAAAAAGGAAUGUGUUGCACAUUCUUUAAAAAUAUAAUUUACAUAAGUAUUCAGACCCUUUCCUCAUUACCUUGUUGAAGCACCUUUGGCAGCGAUUACAGCCUUGAGUCUUCUUGGGAAUGACGGUACAAGCUUGGCACACCUGUAUUUGGGGAGUUUUUCCCAAUUCUUCUCUCUCGAGAUCUGUCAGGUUGGAUGGGGAGCAUCGCUGCACGGCUAUUUUCAGGUUUCUCCAAAGAUGUGCGAUCGGGUUAAAGUCCGGGCUCUGGAUGGGCCACUCAAGGACACUCGGAGAAUGGUCUUGAACCCAGUCCUGCGUUGUCUUGUCUGUGCUUAGGGUUGUUGUCCUGUUGGAAGGUGAACCUUCGCCCCAGUCUGAGGGCUCUGAAGCAGGUUUUCAUCAAGGAUCUCUCUGUACUAGAGGUCGACCAUCUUUCCCUCGAUCCUGACUAGUCUCCCAGUCCCUGCCGCUGAAAAACAUCACCACAGCAUAAUUCUGCCACCGUGCUUCACCGUAGGGAUGGUGCCAGGUUUCCUCCAGAAUUGGCAUUCAGGCCAAAGAGUUCAAUCUUGGUUUCAACAGACCAAAUUAUAUUUUUUCUCAGAGUCCUUUUGCAAACUCCAAGCGGUCUGUCAUGUGCCUUUUACUGAGAAGUGGCUUCCGACUGGCCACUACCAUAAAGGCCUGAUUGGUGGAGUGCUGCAGAGAUGGUUGUCCUUCUGGAAGGUUCUAUCUCCACAGAAGAAAUCUGGAGCUCUGUCAGCGUGACCAUCGGGUUCUUGGUCCCCUCCCUGACCAAGGCCCUUCUCCCCCGAUUGCUCAGUUUGGCCGGGCAGCCAGCUCUAGGAAGAGUCUUGGUGUUUCCAAACUUCUUCCAUUUAAGAAUGAUGGAGUGUUCUUGGGGAUUUCAAUGAUGCAUACAUUUUUUGGUACCCUUCCCCUGAUUUGUGCCUCAACACAAUCUUGUCUCGGAGCUCUACGGACAAUCCCUUCGACCUCAUGUCUUGGUUUUUGCUCUGACAUGCACUGUCAACUGUGGGACAUUAUAUAGACAGGUGUGUGCAUUUCCAAAUCAUGUCCAAUCAAUUAAAUUUACCACAGGUGGACUCCAAUUGCGCCCAACCCACCACAGGAGUCGCUAGUUGUCAAUGUGACAAGAACAUUCCUGCCGGCCAAACCCUCCCCUAACCCGGACGACGCUGGGCCAAUUGUGCACCGCCCCAUGGGUCUCCCGGUCACGGCAGGCAGCGACAAACCCUGGACUCGAACCUGGAUCUCUAGUGGCACAGCUAGCACUGCGAUGCAGUGCCUUCGACCACUGUGCCACUCGGGAAGCCGUAAUGGUCUGAAUACUUAUGUAUUGUAUAAGGUAUGUAUUUAGUUGUUUAUAUUUGCUAAAUUUUCUAAAAACCUUAUUUAGCUUUGUCAUUAUGGGAUACUGUAUUGAUGAGUAUCUUUAUUUAAUCAAUUUUGGAAUAAGGCUGUAAUGUAACAAUGUGGGAAAAGGAGAAGGGAUCUGAAUACUUUUCAAAUGCACUGUACUUGGUCUGAGUAUUCCACGAAUAUGAACUACAUUUUUAAGACGAGUGUAACAUUUGAGUCCCCUACACUUUUUUUGAUCUAGAAUUAUUGAUUUAAGUUAUAUAUAUAUUUUUUAAUUUUAUUUAACCUUUUAUUUAACUAGGCAAGUCAGUCACAAACUAAUUAUUAUUUACAAUGACGGUCUACCCCGGCCAAACCCGGACAACUCUGGGCAAAUUGUGCGCCACCCUAUAGGACUUCCAAUCACGGCCGUAUUUAAUACAGCCUGGAUUCGAUCCGGGGACUGGGGUGAUGCCUCUUGCACUGAGAUGCAGUGCCUUAGACCGCUGCGGCACACAGGAGCCCAUUAUUAUAAUCUGAUUAUUCCAACGAUGUUUUGAUGCUUUUUUUGUCCAUUGUUAUGUGUUACUUGCACAAUACACCUCCUAAUUAUAAUUAGCAAGUACAUACAUAUCAAGUGUUUAUAAGUGUUCCAUUGUCUGUACAUGUGCUGUAGCUAUUUUUACUGCCUGUUUUUCUGUCAUUGUAAAAAGUGUUAGCAUAUUGACUGCACAUUUUUGGUUUUGUAAGAAAAUGUGAGGUUGCAUUAUGAAUAGGAUAUGAUUUAUGAUAGUGUCGUCCUCCAUAAUUUAUGCUAUUUUAAUGACCUCUGUCCAGAUCAUUGUGUGUGUAAAAACAAAACAUUUUUAGAUGUUCUUUUUCUCAGAUCAGGCAAACAAAGUGGCUGCAAAAGAAAGAGAAGGUAUGCUGUGCCAGAUGGAUUUUAAGUUACUUUAGACUAAUAAAGCAUCCUUGAUUAAUUUGA